GCGCGCCAUCUUUACUCCGGGUCGAGCGUGCGGGGCCUGGCGGCGCGCGGGCAGCAAGAUUCAGAUACUGGACCAAGCAGUAUGGAGCACUACCGGAAAGCUGGCUCUGUGGAGCUCCCAGUGACUUCCCCAAUGCCUCAGCUACCUCCUGAUACCCUGGAGAUGCGGGUCCGAGAUGGCAGCAAAAUCCGCAAUCUGCUGGGGCUGGCGCUGGGUCAGUUGGAAGGAGGCAGCACCCGGCAUGUGGUUUUCUCAGGUUCUGGCCGGGCUGCAGGGAAAGCUGUCAGCUGCGCUGAGAUUGUCAAGCGUCGGGUACCAGGCCUGCACCAGCUCACCAAGCUACUCUUCCUGCAGACUGAGGACAGCUGGGUCCCAACCUCACCGGACACAGGCCUAGACCCCCUCACAGUGCGCCGCCAUGUGCCUGCGGUGUGGGUACUGCUUAGCCGGGACCCCCUGGACCCCAGUGAGCAUGGCUACCAGCCCCCAGGGGCACCCCCUGGCCUGGGCUCCACACCCAGUUCCAACUAUGGCCCCCGACCCCGAAGAAGGGCUCGAGACACCCGGUCCUGAGGACCUGCUGAGCCAGGCUGUUUUCCAGGCCUGAGUUUCUGGAAUGGCUGUGCCUUCUCCCAUAAGCCCCUCUGAUUGCUCAACAUCCCCAACAAGACUUGAAUCCACAGAAGUGGGCCUUGCUGUCCUGCUUCCCCUGCCCCCUGGAAUGCGGGAGGGGGUUGCUAUGAAGAGUAGCAGGUGUUGGGGCUGGAUUCUGGAUUGCUUAGGAAGGGCCCACCCUGCCUUCCACCUCCAGUGCCUACUGCUCUUCCUUUUGAACAGAGGUCCAGGGAGUAAGUUAGGAAAUAAAGGUUCUGCCCUUUUGUCUGAUGA